AUGUCGCGGAAGAGAUGGGUCUUCCGCCUUAGCCAUUCUAUUCUCCUCGCUGGUAUUAUUGGCGGAACACAUGCGCAAAUCUCCAUAGAGCCCUCGGUCAUGGAAAGUUCUAUCCCGUCCACUUUCCUCCAAACGACGCCUUCGCCCAUCGACACUCCUCUUCCAUCAUCAGCCAAAUCGGAACCAUCCUCAGUUCCAGGGUCAUUCUCAUCAAUCGUCGACCCAAGCUCUCUCACAGACGCUUUAUCUUCUCAAACUCGACGUCCCACAUCUACUUCUAGUACCGCUCGAACUACCAUCACGCUAUCCGGAAACAUUGCGGUUCACGGAUCCUCUAAACAAGUCCCUGUCGUCGCAGGAGCGCUCGCAUCUGUCGUUCUCGUCGUCGCUGCUUUUGUUAUCGUGCGUUUGCUGUUUCUGAGAAGGAAACGGCGGAGAGCAUGGUUUCUCUCUCAUGUUGCUGGGAGACCCCCAGAUCCAUUUGUACCCCCAGAUACCAACGGAUUGAAUUCUGCAACUCUUUCCCCUUCCUCGCCUUCAUCGAAGACUACUCGACCCCAUAUACGGUUCUCGGACGAUCUGGAACUCGGUCCAAUGCGACUAUCUUCUUCGAGAACGGUUUCGACACCUAAAGGCUCCUGUUCUCCGCUAGCAUCAUUUCCCACCGAUAAUUCAUCCUCACUUUCAUCUCAUAUACGACCUAAUACGCACUCUAUCCUCCGGACUCACGGUGAUAUACCCUCAUAG